AUGUCGAUAAAGAACAGUUUAUACAAUCCCAACCAGAGCUGCCCCCCUAAGGACAUUCGUACGGCGUAUUCCAAAGAAUACAAGAUCCCGGGAUACCUCAUAAGCCCAGAAAUUCUGGUCAGGACGUUGCAGGCCAUUUUCAACGAUGAUUAUAUGGUCAAGAACGAGUUUGAGAUGUUUCGAUAA